GAGCAGCUCUUGAACGCAACGCAGGGGCUGCUUCUGAGCGGAGCACAGAGUGAAGCUCGGUGCUGCGACCACUGACAGCAAACAUCAGCUCAGCAUGGAGAGUCCUCCGGAGGCAGCAGCAGCAGCGGACUCGUCGGCCCGCAGCUUCUCCCAGGUGCUGUUCACCGACAUCCCUCCGUCAUAUCUGCCUUCAGCCCCCAUCACCUGCUGCUACACCCUCACCACUGCCUUCAAGCCCAGCCCCAGGGACUGGGUGGGCAUCUUUAAGGUGGGGUGGAGCUCAACAAAGGAUUAUCAUACCUUUGUCUGGGUGGAAACCAGUGCAGAUGCAGAACAACAAUCUUUGACCAGACAAGUUCUCUUCAAGGAAUACUACCUGCCCAAAGACGAGGUCGAGUUUUACCAGUUCUGCUACGUCGACGGCGGCGGUCAGGUGCGCGGAGCCAGCACUCCUUUCUGCUUCAGGAAUCCAGCGGAGCAAAGCAUGGAGAGCAGCCCGGAUGACGACCUGCUGGUCAUCACAACACAGGAACAGGUCGAACAGAGCGUCCGUGAGAAAGCCGAACUGCAGAAAGAGCUGGAUCUGAUAAAAGCUCAACAUGAAACCUUAAAAAGUGCCCUGCAGAAGGAGCAGCAAGAAGCCACCAACCUCAAGGAGCAGAAUGAUCAGAGAGAGAAAGAAAAGGCUGACCUGCUCAAAGAGUUGGAUCAAAUCAAAGAGCAAAACAUAAACCUAAGAAGCACUUUAGAGCUGCAGCAGGAAGAAAACAAGCAUUUGAAGGAGGAGAUGGUGAUCCAGCUGGCGAACCAGAUGCAGAUGCAGCAGCAGAGCGUCACUGAGCAGACGACCCAGAGCAUGAAUUCAGGCAGCGCAUCCAGGACAAAUGAGGACAAAUACGAUCGAGCUGUGAUGAAGAUCAACCAGCUGAAAGAGGAGCGCAAGGAGCUGAAGGAGAAGAUCGAAGUCCAAAGUGAGGAGAUUUCCAAGCUGAGCGCCAAACUCAGAGAAGAAGAACGGGACCUUUUCAAAACAAAAGACAGCAACCAGCUUCUGCAGGUCGACCUUCAGAGCAGCGAGAAAGAGAAGGACAAGCUCGCUGCAGAGCUGCAAAGGUUCCAAAGCCUCACGCAGAACAUGGACGAGGUGAAGCGGGAGAACCAGGAGCUGUGCAGGAGGCUGUCGCAGCAGGACUCGCUGCAGAACUCUCCAGACGACGAGCUGAAGGUGCGCUGUCAGACUCUUGUCAGGCAGCUACAGGAUGCUCAGGGGAAGCUGGAGGCUGAGAAGGAGGAGUCGAAGAACAACAACAGACGAGCUGAGUUCCUGGAGAAAGAACUGCAAGAAGUGAAGGAGCAGCUGAACAAUCUGAUCCCGGCAGUCGAGCAGGAACAGCGAAAACGUGGCAAACUUGAGCUGCAACUCAACGAGAUGGCUGAAGUGAUGACAGAUAAGGACAUCGUCAUCGAAGAGAAGGAACAAGGGAUCAGUCUUGUCAAAAUGGAGAAGGAAGAGCUGGAAAGAGAAAACCAGAAACUCAGAGACGAUAUCAAUGGGCUGCGCAGAGCUUACACUGACCUCCACGCACCUUCUGGCGACUCGACGUACAUGCGGCCUCACAGCACUUUGCCAGCCGGAGACGCCUCAGCAGCUCGUGACCAGCAGGAGAUGCCUCAACAGACCGAGCAGCUGUAUGAGCAAAUGGUGCCACAACAACAACAAGAAGAGGAAGAGGAGGAGCCGGCUCUGGUGUGUCGUCACUGCCAGGAGAGCUUCCCCGGCAUCACCCAAGGCGAACUCGAGCAGCACGAGCAGAGUCACCGAGUGUGUCCCUUCUGCACGAUGAUCUGCGACACCAUGGAGCAGUCGGUGUUCGAGGACCACGUCUACGGUCACGAGCUGUGAGGGCGGCGGCGUGCUCCGAAUACAAGAUGCGUCAAAGGUCCAUUUUACACCGUUACAGCAAAUCGCACACUUAUUGUUGACUGCUUUCCAAAGCGCUUUAGCUCCAAGCGUCUUAUUAUACGAGCUUGCGGAGACUUGAAACCUAACGGCGUCAUUUAAUCCAUCACAGUGAACAUCAUGUCCUCAUUUAUUUUGGUCAAAAGUUAUCUUAUCACUGCAGGGUAGUAAAUUUAAGAUUGUUUUGAAAGGUCUGCAAUGUGUGUUAGGUGUCAGGUGAUUUUUGUUUUUUUCUAUGAUACCCCCCAGUACAAAAAGCCUUUAUUGAUAUAUUUAAGAAGUUGUCAAAGCAGCUGUAGUUUGACAAAGCAAGCCUAUAACUGGCAGACGUCCAGCCAAGCGAUCAUUUUUUUCUGUUUACCAUCUAAUCAGAGGUAAUAAUCCAUUGCACACAUGUACUUCUUGUUCUGCCGUCCACUGUGUGUGUUAACAAUGCUGUAUUACUGAAUAUCAUAAUCUCAAUCAACUCUUCCAACAUCAGGUUUGUUUGGAAGAAACGUGUUUUGCCAAGUUAAGAGUGGAGUGGAGGUUUGUUUCCGGUAGGUAGCAAACUAAUGUAUCGGUGAGUAGAGCUCACUUUUUCCUUUAUUUAAAAAAAAAGAGGCACAAAUCUCAUUUAAAUUAGCAACGAUUGGAUUAAUAAAUAAGUAAACAAAGUUAUCAAUCUGGAUUUUCGUGCGAUAAACUUUGACCCUGACAUACAAAAAUAGUGAAAUUAAAAUGGAGUGUCAACAUUCAGAAUAACACAAACUCCAACACAUAGCUGGAACUUGAAAUGCCUUUGUUUCUUAUGUUUUAUAUUGUUGAUGAUUUUUAAAAAUUUUUCUUCAGUGUUUAUCAGUUAUUAUUGGUGAAAUGCACCAAUCAGGUUGAGAGAAGUGGUUGCAUCAGAGCUAAAGUCAUGCAUUUUUUAAAAAAAUAAAAUAAUGUAGGUUAUUGGAAUCAACAGAAAAUGCUAAAUAUCAGCUCCAAUAAUCGGCCAAAUCAAUAAUCGGUCAACCCCGACUAGAAACUAAGGCACACUUUGGAAAACAGUCAGCCAUAACGUAAACAUGAUUUGUCGCAAGUAGGUUUAAAACAUGCAAAAGCAGUAAUAUGGUCCUCAAAGGGGGUGAAGCGAUCAUUUAAAAUAAGAGUGACACCAUUUAAACAUAUUAACCAGUAUUUCUCAUUUACAGUGUAGCUCUGCAUUUAGCAUCUCUCAGAGGAAGUUCUGAAAUACUAUAACCAGGCAGACUGUCAAGUUUAUUUAACCAACCUGUGAUUAUUGUAAAAUGAAUGUCGGCUGCGGAAUGUACCAAGUGGAUUUAUGUGAAUAAUUAAUUGCAUUUAAAUGAAUAAUAAAAACACCACAAGGGA